CGGUCUUGGGGGCGGCAACGGGUCCUACAAAGCAUUUUGGCUGGGAUACCAAUAGGACUCCAAUUGCGUUAAACCCUGCAAGUGCAACAGCAAAACCCCAAGGAAUUCUCCACAGAAUUUUAGAGUGAAAAUGGCAAAUUUAAUCCCAAGCUUAAACCCUGCAACAGCAAAACCCCUAAACAAAACUUCAUUACUUUCGUCCUUCUUCACCACCACAAUCAAGACUAAUAAGAAGAAGACGAAUUGUCUGUCAACUACGAUUUCUUCUAUGAAUCUUUCAAAUCAAAACCUUUUCAAUAAUAGGAGACAAGAUGUUGUCGAAGCUAUUGAAAAUUCAUUGUCUAACUGUCUUUCAGAAACUAAUCUACAUCAAACUGUUCCUUUUCUUAAAUCAAAGAUAAGAGGAAAGGUCAGAGAUAUUUAUGAUAGUGGGGAUUAUUUGGUUAUGGUUACUACUGAUAGGCAGAGUGCUUUCGAUAGAGUUCUUGCUUCAAUUCCGUUUAAAGGCCAGGUUCUAAAUGAGACGAGUUUAUGGUGGUUUGAUAAAACUCAGCACAUAACACCAAAUGCAGUUGUUUCCUCUCCUGAUAAAAAUGUUACCAUUGCAAAGAAAUGCUCGGUUUUCCCGGUUGAGUUUGUUGUUAGAGGGUUUGUGACUGGGAGUACUGAUACAUCACUAUGGACUGUUUACAAGAACGGCGUCAGAAAUUACUGUGGCAAUGCUCUUCCAGAAGGAAUGGUGAAAAACGAAAAGCUUUCUGCUAAUAUUCUCACACCAACUACUAAAGCAGUAGAUCAUGAUGUUCCAGUAACUCCUGACGAGAUUAUUAAACGUGGUCUAAUGACUCCGGAUGAUUAUGAUGAAGUGAGAUCCAAAGCACUGAGCUUAUUUGAAUUCGGACAGCGCGUAGCAUUAGAACAUGGCCUGCUAUUAGUUGAUACCAAGUAUGAGUUUGGGAAGGGAGCUGAUGGCACAAUUUAUCUGAUCGAUGAGAUACACACCCCUGAUUCGAGCAGGUAUUGGAUUGCCAAUUCAUAUGAAGAACGGUUUCACAAUGGUCUUGAACCUGAAAAUGUUGAUAAGGAGUUUUUGAGGUUGUGGUUCAAAGAUCACUGCAAUCCAUAUGAAGACAAGGUUCUCCCUGAUGCUCCUAAAGAACUUGUUUCUGAACUUGCUUGGAGAUAUAUUUUCCUUUAUGAAACAAUUACAAAGUCAAAAUUUGAGAUUCCAACGAUGGAGGCACCCAUUCAUGACAGGAUAACACAGAGUGUUACGAUGGCACUGUCAUCCCUAUUGGAAAACUAGUUUAGUCUUGCUAUGAUUCCCUUAGGCAUGAUGAGAUUUCAAUUGAGGAUCUGCAGGCUUUUGGAAAGAUUUUAUCUCACAAAUACCCACCCAAAAUUGGAUUCUUGAUGUGGUGUGCGAUUUAAAUUUUUUAAAGUAUGAUUCCAACUAAAGUUUUUCUUAACAGAAGAGGCAUGAACUUAGUGGGCACUUGUUCUUUUUGUAAUGAACUUGAGACGAUAAACCAUCUCUUUAUCCACUGCACUUUUACUUCAGGGGAGCUUCUUUCUGAAGGAGCUGAAUGUUCAGUUCACGAUGCCUCUCUCAUUCAAGUCUCUGUGAAUAGCUUGGCACCAGUCCGGGUUGGAUAAGACGCAACAGAAGAUUUGGUUGAUGUUACCAGGAACCAGCCAUGAUUGCUUGGACCAUUUGGUUGGAAAGGAAUGCUAGACUAUUCUCUGAUAAGAAGACUGAAUUUCCUGGGGUUAUUAACAAGGCUUAGUUCCUCCUUUUCUAGUGGGCAUUAAUAUUUAGAGAGUAUGGAAACAUGUCCUCCUGGAAAAAUCUGUCAUUCAUGUGGUAAUUGGUUUCUUUUGUGUACUCUAGGUCAAUUCUCUCUUUUCACUCUUAUAUUUCUGCUUUUUUUUA